GACUUGGUAUUCACAUCCUUCUCAAAUCUUUCUUAUGAGAUUUAUGAGAAACCUUUCACCAAGAAAAAUGAAUUCCAGAAUUUUUAUUUUCUUAGGUCUUCUUUUUGCUGUCUUUCUUCUCGUUUCUUCAGAUGUAGUGGAAGCAGAGACAUCCAACGAUGAGAAGAAACAAAAACCGAGCAAAGUAGAUGACAUAAAGGAUGCCUUACAUGGUGGUCGUAAGGGUAGAGCGGGUGGUGGUGGUGAAGAAGAUAGUACUGUUGAAGUAAAUUAUCAUGGUGGCGGUGGUCAUCAUGGUGGUGGACAUCAUGGUGGUGGUCAUCAUGGAGGUGGUGGAGGAGGUGGUGGUGAAGAAGACAGUACUGUUGAAGUAAAUUAUCAUGGUGGCGGUGGUCAUCAUGGUGGUGGACAUCAUGGUGGUGGUCAUCAUGGAGGUGGUGGAGGAGGUGGUGGUGGUGAAGAAGACAGUACUGAUGAAGUAAAUUAUCAUGGUGGCGGUGGUCAUCAUGGUGGUGGACAUCAUGGUGGUGGUCAUCAUGGAGGUGGUGGAGGAGGUGGUGGUGGUGAAGAAGACAGUACUGUUGAAGUAAAUUAUCAUGGUGGCGGUGGUCAUCAUGGUGGUGGACAUCAUGGUGGUGGUCAUCAUGGAGGUGGUGGAGGAGGUGGUGGUGAAGAAGACAGUACUGUUGGAGUGAAUUAUUAUGGUGGUGGCGGUCAUCAUGGUGGUGGUCAUCAUGGAGGUGGUGGAGGAGGUGGUGGUGGACAUCAUGGUGGUGGUGGAGGUGGUGGUGAAGAAGAUAGCACUGUUGGAGUAAAUUAUUAUGGUGGCGGCGGCGGUCAUCAUGGCGGUGGCGGUGGUGGUGGUGGUUAUGGUGGUGGUGGUCAUCAUGGUGGUGGUGGUGGUUAUGGCGGUGGCGGUGGCGGUUAUGGCGGUGGGUGCAAGUAUAAAAGAUGUUGUGGUGGUUACGGCCAUUAUGGAGGUUGCCAAAGGUGGUGCUGCUAUGCAAGUGAGCCUCAAGAGAAGGCAACUGAAGUCAAGCCCUAGAAGAAGUAAAGCUAAUAAAUAUGUAAUAUAAUGAAUAAAUUGCAGGCAUGGACGGGGUUCUAUAUUCCAAAAUGUGCAUGCCUUAGCUAUGGAGAUCAUCUAUAAAGCUGAACCGGCCUCUUGGGACACUAGUCCUUGUAGCUUUUGUAUCAUCUUCUUGUACCUUUUGUAUCGUGCCAUGACUAUAUACAUAUGAAUGAUAAUAUAUAACUUUUGUGCCUUAA